AUGACUAUAUGUAGUUCUUCAAACACCGCGACAUCAGCUGCAAACAGUAGCGUGUUCCAGUCGAGUGGCUUAUGCGCCCAAUUUUGCGAUCCUUGGGCCUUCGCCAUUUUGCAACAAUCCCAGUGCUGGUGUUCCAAUGAGUCUCCCAUCUCGGGACUAACGGAGGCAUCGUCAUGCGACUCCCCAUGUCCCGGGUACCCGUAUGAGACUUGUGGGGGCAAAGGUCUUUUCAGCUACGUAGCGCUUCACAGAGUCGUGUCGCCCGAUGAUAGUAUCACCUCAAUGGCCAGUAUUCCGAGGCAAACUUCGGUGGAGACGUUGUAUGAGACCCGAGUUACUGAAGACACACUCAUCAAGACAGUAACACAGACGGUCACCGUCACCA